AGGAUCAUCUGACAAAAACACGCAAUACCCUUUCAUGAAAGUACAUUCAACAAACCAGGAAUAGAAAGAAACUUCUUCAACCUGAUAGAGGGUAUCCAUGAAAAACCCAGAGAUAAUAUCAUACUUAAUGGUGAAAGACUGGUUGACUUCCCCCUAAGAUCAGGAAUGAGAAAAGGAUGUCUUCUCUUGCCACUUCUAAUUCAACAUCGUACUCAAAGUUCUAGUCAGGGCAAUUAGUCGAGAAAAAGAAAUAAAAGGCAUCCAGAUUGGAAAGGAACAAGUAAAACCAUCUCUAUUCAUACAUGCAUAGAUGGCAUGUUCUUAUAUAGAGGACACUAAAGAGUCCAUCAAAAGGCAAAAACAAAAACCAAACCAAACAAAACAAACCCGAGAUGGUUUGGCUCUGCGUCCCCACCCAAAUCUCAUGUCGAAUUGUAAUCCCCACCUGUUGAAGGAGGGGCCUGGUGGGAGGUGACAGAAUCAUGGGGGCGGACUUCCCCCUUGCCAUUCUUGUGACAGAGUUGUCACAAGAUCUGAUUGUUUGAAAAUGUGCAGCCCUUCCCCCUUCGCGCACGUUCUCUCUCUCUUCCUCCUGCUCCAAUAUGUGAAGAAGGUGCUGGCUUCCCCUUCGCCUUCCGCCAUGAUUGCACGUUUCCUGAGGCCUGCCCAGAAGCAGAAGCCUGCACAGCCUGCAGAACCAUGAGGCAAGUAAACCUCUUUUCUUUAUGAAUUACCCAUUCUCAGGCAGUUCUUUAUAGCAGUGUAGGAACGGACUAAUACGCCCACCCUAUCUGAGCACGCUCAGCAAAGUUGCAGUACCCAAGAUCAACCUGCAACAAUCAGUGGUAUUUCCGUACCCUAGCAGUGAAUAACAUGGAUGAACCCUGAUGAAACCAUUAUGCUAAGUGAAAGCAGCCAGACACACAAGGCCUCACAUUUGGUCGUAUGAUUCCAUCUAUAGGAAAUCUCCAAAACAGGCUAACCUCUACGGACAGAAAGCAGAUUGACAAGUGGUUGCCAGGGGCUAUCGGGAACGUGGAGCGCGGUCUACGGGAGGGCCACUACGCUCAGCGCCUGAGUCCCACGGCGCCGGUCUACCUCGCUGCGGUUAUCGAGUACCUGACCGCCAAGGUCCUGGAGCUGGCGGGGAACGAGGCCCAGAACCACGGAGAGAGGAACAUCACUCCACUGCUACUGGACAUGGCGGUUCACAACGACAGCCUGCUGAGCACCCUCUUUGACACAACCACUAUCUCUCAAGUGGCCCCCGGCGGGGACUAGCUUCUGACGCCCAGCCCCUGGGACCUGGCAGGUCCACUCGUCCACCCACCGAGCCCCAAACUCCCGGCCUCAAAUCCCUCGGCCCGAACCCCCGGCCUUAAACACCCCCCACCACCCGGGCCCCAAAGUCUUGGGCCUUCAUUAAUUCUGCCAAUAAAAUGUUUA